AUGGACAUCGAAAGGGCUCCAAAAGAACCCCCCGACGGCGGGGGCGUGGAAGACAUGAAGACUUCGACAACUAAUCCGAGACAAUAUGACAAUCCAUUCGACUUCCCGGCGUGGAAAAAAUGGAUGAUAACAGUCUUAUGUGCAUUUUUGACUGUUGCGGUGACCUUCUCGAGCUCGAUUUUCUCCUCCACCAUCAACACCACCUCGAUGGAAUUUGGUGUGAGCGACACGAUCAUGAUACUGGGAGUGUCUCUAUACGUGCUGGGCUUUGCAUUGGGCCCUAUUAUCUGGGGUCCUUGCUCGGAACUCCUCGGCCGACGAUAUCCUCUCUUCAUUGGCUAUGCUGUCUUCGCUUUGAUGCAAAUUCCCAUUGCCUUGUCAAAGUCCCUUGCUGGAGUGCUUAUCUGUCGCCUUCUUGCUGGAUGCUUUGGCUCCGCUCCGAUGGUCCUCGUCAGUGCAAUGUACGCCGACUAUUGGACUCCAGCCCAUCGUGGAACAGCUACCGCCGUGUAUUCAAUGGCCGUCUACAUUGGUCCAACCCUUGGACCUAUUGUGGGGGCGUUCGUUACAGAGAGUCGACUGGGAUGGCGAUGGACGGCGUGGCUGACCCUGAUGCUCGCCGCUCUUGUCGGGACUCCGGCUUUUUUUCUUGUUCCCGAGACGUACGGCCCGGUUUUACGCGAGAGAGCAGCAGAGAAAUUGCGCAAGUCUGGAGUACAUGUCGAACCUGAACGAGAUCCUCCUUCCAUCGACACCUUUGUCCGAAUAUACCUGGUGAAACCUAUGCUCAUGUUGAUGCAUGAGCCUGUGGCAAUUGUCAUUACCAUCUACAUCUCUAUCGUGUACGGAAUCUUGUACCUGACCUUCUAUGCUUUCCCCUACAGCUUCUCUGUCGAGCGAGGUUGGGAUCCGCGAAUGAGUUCGCUUCCAUUCAUAAGUAUCCUUCUUGGAUCAGUCACCGGAAGUAUUCUCGUUGCAUUUUAUUCGCAACAUUACUAUCAAAAACGACUCAUUGCUCGGGGCAGAACUUUACCCGAGGAUCGAUUGCCACCCCUUAUGCUCGGAAGUGUCAUCCUUCCUGCAGGCCUAUUUUGGUUUGGUUGGACUGCUUCGGCGGGAAUAUCAUGGGUGCCACAGGUUUUUGCCGGCUUUUUCGUGGGUUGUGGGAUUAUGCUCAUCUUCACCAACGGCGUGGCCUAUGUCGUCGACAUAUACCUAUCUUCGUCUGCCAGCGCCAUGACUGUGAAUACCUGCAUCCGAAGCUUCGCUGCAGCCGGACUCCCCAUCGUAGCGCCUGAGAUGUACAAAGGCCUAGGAACGGCCUGGGCAACCAGUGUACUUGGGUUUCUGUGCAUUUUGGCAAUGCCUGCCCCGUUUUUAUUUUACCGGUACGGUGCUAAACUGCGUCAAAUGUCAAAAUUCGCCCUUACAAAAUGA